AUGGACCUGGAAAUCAGCGCCCACGCCCCACCCGCGCACGCGCUUCAUGGAAGCGCUGGCACCGACCACGGCGCCCUGUCUGCCCGCAACGUGCUGCUCCGUCAGAAGCUGCGCGAGCGCAAGCGGUACGACUCAGCCGACGACGCCAUGAAGAAAGCCGCCGCUGCGGCGCGUGCGUCGAGUCGCGCGUCUCUGCUGCCACAGGGCACGUCCGUGCCUGUGGCCGCGUCGAACGGACGCGCGCUGCACGACGGCAGACAGGCGCGUGGGUGUGGACUGCACGAAGCCGUGAGCUCGCCCUGUGCCACGUCUGCGACUGGCCGCAUCCAGUGUGCCAGCAUGAGCCCCAGUCGCGCGGGUAAGUAUGGCGCGCUCGAGGGCACGGGGCCGUCUUUUGCGGCAGACGACAAGCAGAUGCCUGCGGCAGGUGGGACCAAGUACGGCAAACUCUCUGCUGCGCACGUUCUCAUUCGACGGAAACUCAAGGAGCGCAAGCGCUUUGAUUCGGCUGAUUACGCCAUGGAGAAACAGGGGCGAGCGACGGACUUUGCGUCGUCGGCCGUUGCAGCGGGUCCAGCGACUGCGUCAGGCGCUGGGCAACCAGACGGUGCACUGGCGGCCUCGUCCCACGCAGGGAUUGACCACCAGGUGAAGCAUAUCAAGCUCUCGGAAGCGCCCGACGGACGGGUUGCGUCUCCCGUCGUGGCGAAUGCAGCGCAGGCGGCAUUAGCAGCGCGGGCGGCGCGCUACGCUGGACUAGCGGGCGCGAGGUCGACUGCUGCUGGGGGCACCAGUAGGGGGGCACAGGCGGCGUGUGACCGAUAUGGGCUGGACAAGAGCGCCGUGUCUGCAGGGGCGGCGGCUGCGCGCAACAUUGUGUUGCAGCGCAAGUUGGCCGAGCGCAAGAUGUUUGACUCGGCGGACCACUUUAAGGAGGCGGCGUGA